AUGAUGCCUCUGCUGAGCGCAGCCGCGCCGCUUACAGCAGCCGAUCUCGCCGCACGCAACAACAACGGUCAUCACUAUAAGAUCGACCCAAAGUGUCCGGCAGGCACGACGCCAGGCUUUGAGGUGUAUACUGCGAGGUACGAUGUUCCGGCGCACGAGUUCUAUGCCAAGGUAGGCUCGUUCUACGACGAGGUGUGGUAUAUCGGUCUGCCUCCGAAUGCAACGCACGGUCCGGACAACACAGUCGGCUCGAUUCGCGAGAUCGAUUUCUCAGGGACCAUCCUGCACGAACAGCUGAUCAAGUCGAUCCACAGACCGGCGCUGCUCGAGCUCGAAUGGCACCUCGUCAACGGGCCGAUCAACGUGACCGGUGCGGUGGCCGACGACCCGCCCACCGAGACCAUUCUGUUCGGAAGCUAUACAGAAGAUCUACGCGUCGAGUCGAUCUGCGAGGACAGAGCGACGUUUAUUACUUUCACAGGGAGGUACUGCUUCGACAAGCCCGGUCCUGCGUACAAGGUGUUUGACGUCGCGCAUACGUCGUCGAUCGAGGCUGUGGCCAAGGAGCUCAAUGCCACGCUGAUCACGGGAAAUGGCACUUGUCCGUCCUGA